GGGGGGUGAACUCUCUCGCUCUGCGUCAACACUCUUUGUAGAAAAAACAAAACAACACUUCCUACGUCAUCACGUCGUGUUUGAACGUGGCGGCGCGGCAGCAAACAGCAGCAGCUGAAGUUUGCAUGAAGCUCGCUGGCUAAAAGUAAAAAAGUAAAGCUAACGUAAAACAACAACACAACUUAUUUAUAUUGGUUAUCACUGAAUGGCAUUCGAUGUGUCGGUGAGUUUGGUUCGUCUCGCCAGGCUGAUGAAAAACGGCUUUCAUCGCGAUAUCUCAUGACAGCGAUGACCUGCAAAUUAAGUGGCCUGUUCAGCAUCGGCGAAGACUUUGAUGAUGAGGACCUGCUGGGGACAGACUGGGCUGUCCGCUCAACGUCUGGACCAGCCGAUGUGGCAGCUGCUGUGUCAUCUUGUGCUCUGCGGGCCUCCUCUGUCGCUCGCAGAGAGCCGGAGGAAAAUUGCCUUCAGCGAACUGGAGAGAGAUCAGCUGCCCCGUGUAAUGGCACAGCAUCAAGGAGCGGCACGCACACCGCUGCCGGACAAACUGUUGCUCCGGCUUUGAGACAGCUCUCCUCCUCCUCCUCCUCUUCCUCCCUCCGUCCUCCCACUCUGAAUAACCACGCUCCUGAUCCGGCGUCACAGCAGCGGCAGCCCUGCCCGCCUCAGGAUGAUUUCGAUGAUUGGGAUGUGGACCUGGCAGACCUGGAUGAGUUUGACCGACAGACGGCGCAGCAGCAGCAGCAGCAGCAGCAGCAGCUUCGACCUCCUUCUCCAAUCACACCUGCAUCCUCAGCGAAGACGCUGCGACCUCCGACCUGUGGAGGGAUUCAGACAAGACCCAACCAGAGCCCGAGAGAGCUCAGCACUGCACGGCAGGCGUCUGAAUCUUUUGGUCAGAACCGACCUCCUCGGACUUUCUCCACCCCUCUGCGGUCUCAGAAUCCGCGUCCUCCUUUUCCGUCAGCCCCCCCACAGAGUCCAAAUGUAUUCCCGGCCCCUAGCCCCAUUUCCAAGACUCUCCACAGGCCCCAGCAGCCACAGAGACAGUGGGCGUCUCCAGCACGUUCCCCUCAGGCUCGUGGUCUCUUUGAAACAGUCUCCCCCGGGCCUUCUUCCACAGCGUCUGUGAACACCUCCACUCUGAGCCCUCAUCCCCUCCACACACCGGUCCUCACCAACCGCCUGGUCCAGCUGGUGUCAGCCUCCAAUAAGCUUCCUAAGAAGAGGCCUCGCUCCGAGCCUCAGCGGCACAGGACCCGGCGCUUCCCCGGUCCUGCUGGACUCCUCCCAGAGCAGCCGCAGGGUCGAAACCUGGACGAGGUGGUGGUUUCUGUUCCUGUGACUCCUGCUCACGGUGCCGUGGCUCGGCUGCCAAGCCAGGGUUCCAGCUCUCAGGCUGAGGAGGAAGACUUCAGCGGCGGCGGCUGGGCGGCGAUGAAGGCAGAGAUGGGAUUGGAUGAGAGGAACCCGUCGUGCUUCCUGCACUCCUACAGCGUCGUCAUGGUGCUGCGAAAGGCCGCUCUAAAACAGCUGGCGAGAAACAAAGUGCCCAACAUGGCCGUCCUCCUGAAGAGCAUCAUCCACACACACACUGAUGCCAAGGCUGUGUUCAAAGACCCAACAGGGGAGAUUCAGGGAACUGUGCAUCGGCGUCUCCUCGAGGACAGAGCGGAGGAGCUGAAGAUUGGAAGUGUGCUGCUGCUCAAGCAGGUGGGCGUGUUCUCCCCCUCCCAUCGUAACCAUUACCUCAACGUGACGCCCAACAACCUGCUGAGGAUCUACGCCCCUGACGGAGUCCGCAUGUCCUCCACUCAGCUCCCGCCGCUUGUCCUGGAGUCGAUGUUGCCGUCACCCUCCCGGUCCUCCACCGUCCUCCAGGAGCCCGUGUCACAGAUGCACCUCGUGUUUGACGAGGAGGAUGACGACGAAGGAGAGAGAGGGACAGGCGAAGACCUCCAAACCUUGAGAGACACUAAAGCCAGCUCCAGCAGAGGCCCUGCUGGGAACCCAGCGCCUCAAGACUCGGGCUGGGAUGCAGAUGAUGACCUGGAUGAACUCCUGGGAGAGUUACCCGAAGACACCUACAGCCUCUGAUGUAACGUUACAUCAGCGAACCUCCUGUACAGACUGUCUCCGCUGACUGUGUUUUUUGUUUUUCUUGUCACCACUAACAGUAAAGAUGUUAGCCUUUGUUUUUCCUGAUAUCACCUCUGUUUAAAGACCACAA